AUGACCCCUCCAAGUGCAGAAAGAACACUCAACGCCGAUAAUACGGAGACGCACUCCUCAUCUGAUCAACCUCACGAACCAUACACCAUCUUCGAUAAACACCAGAAAAGAGUCAUUAUAUCUCUAGUAUCGAUUGCAGCCACUUUCUCAGGCUUCGCCUCAAACAUCUACUUCCCAGCCCUCCCCACCGUCGCCGACGACCUAAGCGUCUCAGUAGAGCUCGCCAACCUCACAGUAACCACCUACCUCAUAUUCCAAGGUCUAGCACCAAGUCUAUGGGGUCCAAUCUCCGACGUCAAAGGCCGACGAGUCGCCUACUGCUGCACCUUUGUCGUAUUUCUCGGCGCGUGCAUCGGUCUCGCAGAAACCCAAAACUACGCAACGUUGAUCAUCCUCAGAUGUUUACAGAGCACCGGUAGCGCGAGCACAAUUGCUGUAGGCUCUGGGGUCAUUAGCGAUAUUACGACGCGGCAAGAGAGGGGCGGGUACAUGGGCGUCUUCCAGGCCGGCUUGCUUGUUCCAGUUGCCGUUGGGCCCGUCAUUGGAGGUGCUUUGGCCGGAUCUUUUGGAUGGAGGAGCAUCUUUUGGUUCCUUGCAAUCUACUGUGCUGUAUUCCUCACAUUGCUGUUACUUCUACUUCCAGAGACUCUCAGGUCUGUCGUCGGCAAUGGUACCAGAACACCAAAGGGUUGUCUGGGAAAGUAUCCCUUGAUCAUCUACCAACGGACCUCGGAGAUAUCAUGGCAUGCCAACAGAGCAACUUCAAAUAAGGCACUUGUCAAGCACGUCGACAUCACCGGACCCCUCCGGAUCCUCUUCAACAGAUGCGCUGCCCCUAUCGUGUUCUUUCUCGCCGUCUACUACGCGGUAUGGCAGAUGAGCAUCACAGCCAUGUCAAGUCUUUUCAAGUCACGCUACGGCCUAUCAGAAAUCCACAUUGGCCUGACGUUCAUCGCAAACGGCGUGGGCUCCAUGAUCGGCACGCUAGUCACGGGCAAGCUUCUCGACCUUGACUAUCAGCGGGUCAAGGCAAAGUAUGACGAGAGCAACGACCAAGAAAGCAGCACCCUUACGGGCUCGGACACCAAUGCGGGGUUUCCAAUCGAAAAGGCGCGUCUUCGUCUCAUACCAAUCUUCGCACUUCUCCAAUCCGUCUCCAUUGCAGUCUUUGGAUGGACGAUCAACUUCCCUCGCCAGGUACAUAUCGCAGUGCCCAUCAUCUCGACCUUCAUCACGGGCUGGACCGCCGUUUCGACGCAGUCUCUGGUCAUGACGUACCUCAUCGACAUCUUCCCCGACCGCAGCGCUGCAGCUAGCGCUAGCGUCAACCUCGCCAGGUGUCUUUUCGCCGCUGGCGGCACGAGUUUUGUGAUGCCCAUGGUGAGCGGGAUCGGGGUGGGGUGGGCUUUUACUUUGUGUGUUGGGGCUCAGCUGGUUGCACUCAUAGGUGCGGGGGUGCAGUGGAAGUUUGCCGCGCGGUGGAGGGGGGACAUGGGCAAUAGCUGA